AAUCUAAACACAUAAAAGCUUUCCCUCCUUUUCAGACAUGUGAACAGGAGGAUCUCGAGAAAGUUAAUCAACGACUGAGAUUCAAUUCAGGCCCCUUCGGUGGCCCCAGAUUGACCCUCUGCGUUCGGUUCCUCUAUCUUCUUCCUCGACAGACCUCCCUCGUCCCCCCCUCCCUCUCCUCCUUUCGACUCCGCCGUUUCUUUCUCAGUUGUUCCGCCUCCGAUUUCGGAAACCCCAUCUUUUAGAUUCGUCAAAUUCGACUCAUCAAAGGACCGUCCGUCGUGGACGGUACCUUCGCCUGAAAUAUCUUUUCAGCCAUAUUAUCCGGCGGCUCAUCAUUUGGUUUGACUAACUCAGUCUUACUUUCUCAUCCGUUCCCACCCUAGUAUGGAGAGAAUACACGUGGCCGUUCGUGCUCGACCUCUCUCGGCUGAGGAUGCCAAGUCCAGUCCAUGGCGUGUUUCUUCCAACGCCAUUUUCAUUCCUAAUCACUCCUCCAAGUUUGAAUUCGAUCGAAUUUUCUCCGAAGAUUGCAAGACUCUGGAUGUUUAUGAAGCCCGAACGAAAGAAAUCGUUGCCGCUGCAGUUGGGGGUUUCAAUGGAACUGUAUUCGCUUAUGGGCAGACUAACAGUGGGAAAACUUUUACCAUGCGAGGCUCGGCUAUGGAGCCAGGUGUGAUUCCUCUCGCUGUGAGGGAUUUGUUCAAUAUAAUUCAUCGGGAUGUAAAUCGAGAAUUUCUUCUGCGUAUGUCCUAUAUGGAGAUCUAUAAUGAGGAGAUUAACGACUUGUUGGCUCCUGAGCAUCGGAAAUUACAGAUUCAUGAAAAUCUAGAGCGAGGAAUAUAUGUGGCUGGGUUGCGAGAAGAAAUUGUUGCAUCUCCUGAACAAGUCCUUAGUUUUAUGGAGUUUGGAGAAUCUCAUCGGCAUAUUGGAGAGACAAAUAUGAACGUCCACAGUAGUAGAUCCCACACUAUUUUCCGAAUGAUAAUUGAGAGUCGAGAUAAAACAGAAGACCAAGAUAUUGGUAAUUGUGAUGCUGUUCGUGUUUCAGUAUUGAAUUUAGUUGACCUUGCUGGUUCAGAACGUGCUGCAAAAACUGGGGCAGAAGGUGUUAGGCUCAAAGAGGGAUCCCACAUAAACAAAAGCUUGAUGACAUUGGGAACAGUCAUUAAGAAACUAAGUGAAGGUGUAGAGAGUCAAGGGGGUCACGUUCCAUAUAGAGAUAGCAAACUAACGCGCAUUUUACAACCUGCUCUUGGUGGAAAUGCAAACACAGCUAUAAUAUGCAACAUUACACUUGCACAGGUUCAUGCAGAUGAGACUAGAAGCAGUCUACAAUUUGCAAGCAGGGCUUUACGUGUCAAAAAUUGUGCUCAUGUCAAUGAGAUUUUAACAGAUGCUGCUUUGUUAAAGCGUCAAAAGAAGGAAAUUGAGGAGCUUCGAGCCAAAUUACAGGGUUCUCAUUCAGAACAUUUUGAAGAAGAGAUCCUCAAUCUGCGAAAUAGGUUAUUAAAGACUGAGCUGGAGAGGGAACGCAUAGCUUUGGAAUUGGAAGAGGAACGAAAAGCCCAAGCUGAAUAUGAGAAGAGGGUACAAGAACAAGAAAAGAAAAUUGAGAACCUGAGCUCAAUGGUUUUGUGUUCAAAUAGGGAUGAAAGUCGAGAUCGUUUUAGAAAGGAGAAGAGGCGAGAUACUUGGUGUGCAGGUAAUCUCUCGCGGGAGACUCUUGAAGAGGUGUAUUCUACCAUGCGAUCAGAGGCUUCUGAUAUAAAACCCAUGAGAAUGAAGCGUGAUGCAGGACCACUUCUUCCGUUUGAGGCACUUAUGGACAGCAUUCCUGAGGAUGAUUCCUGCACACAGGAUGAAGAUUGUACAAGUAAUGCAUCUGAGGAGUAUAAGCUUCCUGAUCCGUGUGUUUUAUUGCAUAUAACGAACAGGAGAAAAGUGCCACCCAGAAAGAAAGACCAACACGUGGACAAUGAACUAGCAGAUGUCCAAGCAGAAUAUGAAGAUCUGUUUAUUAAGUUUGAAAGUCAGAGAACUGAAAGUGAGAUUCAAAUUGAUUUCUUGACAAGAAAGCUUGCCGAGGCUGAUAAAGUUUCUGGUGUUAAGGACUGUAUAACCAAUAGUGCUAUUGAAGGUACACCAAUUACAGGGGAUAGGCAUUUGGAUUCAAAUGAGUCAGAGACUAUUCUUGUGAUUAAAAGGCUUCAAGAAAAGAUUAAUAAGUUGGAAAUGGAGAAGAAUUCAAGCCAGGAUAACCUGGCAAGCAUUGUGGAGCUUGCAACAGAGCAGAACAUUUGUGCUCGAGAGAAGUUUGAUGAGCUCUAUGAAAAGCUUUCAAAUGCACGUGAGGAGGCUCGGGUUGCUCAUGAACAACUUACUACUAAUGAAUCUGAGGAAAAUUUUUCUUUUAUGAAAAAGCUUUUAACUGAAGUUCAAGAUAUAAUUUCAGAAGUUCAGGACUCAAAAAUGGUUACUGAUGGUAUCUCUUCAUUUGUGGAUGAUGUCUCCGAGACUUUUUCUGCUGUGAUUAAUAUGAUCCUUGAUUUCAAAACUUUGAUUAGCCAGAGUUCUCUUCAAGAAAAAUCAAUUAUAAGUAAGUACGAGAAUUUGAAUUCUUGCUUGAUGCAGAAAGUUUCUGAACUUGAGAAUCAGAAGGGUCAUUUGCAUGAUCAAUUCGUUGAUCUCCAGAACCAAAUUGAAGAAAUUAAACUAGAUGCUCAUAACUCAGAGCAAUCUCUGAGAACACUUUUGGAACAGCAAGAGUUAGAAAAGAAGGAAUAUAUUUCUUAUAUUCAAAUCCUUGAAAAGGAAAUAUCAAGUGUUUCGUCUUGUUCCUCGGCCAAGGAAAAGGAAACUUUGAGAAAAGAUCUUGAGAAAACAAAAGUGAAGCUGAAAGAUGUAGAGUUCAAACUUAAAAAUGCAAUGCAGGAAAAAACCAAAAUUGAGGGUACGAAAGCAUUUGCAGAACGAGAAAUUAAACGUUUGCAGGGUCAGAACUCUCUUCUUGAACGUGAUAUUAACAGACGCGAGUCACUUGCUGGACGAAGGCAUGAUUCAUUUGUAGAUAAGAGUUCAAAGAUGUCUGAUCCAAAGAAGUCAAAAGGUUUAACUAUGUCUUUUGAUCAGACACUACAGGAGUACAAAAAGAUGGAAGUUUAUGCAUUUGAAAUGGAAACAAAGAUUUCUUCUCUGGGAGGGGAAUUAUCAGCUGUAACUGCAGAGAUGGAAGAGACCUUAUCCAGAAAUGAAGAUCUGACUUCUGAAUUAGAAGCUUUAGCUGAAAAGUUAAAUGAUUCCACCACGGAAUUAAAUCUGUUACAGGAAGAGGUUUUGGAGCUUAAGCAAAAGUUGGAAGAAAAUCAGUUUGAACAGCGACAAAUGAAGGGCUCUAUUAAAAUACUGGUAGAAGAAAGGGAAGAAUUGGCAAUGCAACUUUCACAUUCACUUUUGGAAAUGGAGGAGGAAAAGGCAAUAUGGUUUGCUAAAGAAAAGGCUACUGUUGAAGUCAUAGAAGAAAAAACAAGGUUAUGUAACACGGAGAUUUUGUCAUUAACGAAAGAAUUGUCGGAGGUAAGAAACAAAUUGGAGUCUAGCAGACAAGAAUGUGAGAUUCUGAGGGAAAGAAUGACAUGCUUUGAGGAAGAUUUUGCAAAGGAGAAAAGCAGAAACUAUAACCUUUAUGUUAGAGCUGUAAUUCUGGAAUGCAGCAGGGAGAAAUUUAUGGGAGUUGAUCAACUGAGGAAUGAUGUAAAUCAAAGUGAUAUUGAGAAUGAACAAGAUCAAGAGUGUGAGUGUCUCAAAAACGAACUUCAUAUUAUGACGGAGGAAAGGGAUACAACUGAGGUCCAAAAGCAGCAAACUCAUGCAGCUGAAAUGGAAUUUCUGAAUAAAAGAUGUAACGACAUGGGUUACUUUCAGUUUGUGGAGGCAAAAGUUCAUGUGGAAGAGCUAACUAGGAGGAAGUCCAGCAUGGAAGUCGAGAUGCACAAUGAUCAAGUUAACAACAAAGAAGUUUCAAAACUGAAAAUGAGGCUUAAAUGGACGCAAGCAAAGCUUGACGCAUUUCGGGAUAGAUUCAGGGAAAUUGUAAAUGAGACUGAUCAUAUGAACAAAAAGUAUGAGGAGGCUGCAGGUAAACUGAAGGAGCGAUUGGCUUCAAAGGGUACCGAGGUCCUAAAACUCAAGAAGCAACUUCUUGCCGUGAACGAGCAAUGAGCAAAAUAAUCCCAUUCUCGGUAGCUAUGAUAAAUAUUUACCAAGGCUAGUUAGCAUUUUUAUGAUGGUAAAAGCUUUUGCUGUAAUUUGCUUAUAUGGUUCACUGUUGUGAAUUUGAACUCGUAGGCUUUAUUCUUUAAUGAGACUUUUAAGGCUACUCCAUAAAUUAAUUGGAACACGAAGAUUUGUAUUAUUUAUACAACCAGAACAAUGACUCUAGGAAACUUGCUUACCCUUUAUUUAUUUUGACUACUUGGAAUGGAAAAUUGGCCAAAGUUAAUUC